CACUAAUUUUGUUUUUUUAUGUUGACAGAUAACCUCAAAAUCAAAAUGAAUAGGUUAAGUAGAAUUUUUCAACCGAUUAAUGUAAUUCCUAAAAAUGUUCAAGUUAAAUCACAAGAUAUGACAUCAAAGAGUCAAAAAUUAAUGUUGGAUUUAGGAAUAAUCCGACAAGCUAAUUCAGGUUGUUUUCAUUACUUACCUUUGGGUAUUCGAGCUUUGGAGAAAUUGAAGAACUUGAUCGAUCAGCACAUGCAAAGUAUUGGAGCUCAAAAAGUAGCUUGUCCUACAUUAAUUCACACAAAUUUGUGGGAACGAAGUGGUCGAAUUCAAGAGGCAACACCGGAAUUAUUUCAAAUUAAAGAUAGACAUGAUCAUUUAUAUAUUUUAAGCCCAACUCACGAAGAAGCAAUUACAGAUUUAUUAACGACAGUUUCGCCGUUAUCUUAUAAACACUUUCCUUUACGUUUAUACCAAAUAACCAGUAAAUACAGAGAUGAAAUGAAACCCCGAUUUGGAUUGAUAAGGAGUAGGCAAUUUUUAAUGAAAGAUUUAUACACUUUUGAUGUUGAUUUAGAUGCAGCAAAAGAAACUUAUGAGUUAAUUUGUAAAUGUUAUAAUCAAAUUUUUGAGUUAGUUGGAGUGGAAUUUUUUAAAGUUUUGGGAUCAUCAGGUGAUAUUGGAGGGAUUUUAUCCCACGAAUUUCAUUUUCAAACGGAUAUUGGGGAAGAUAAAUUAAUAAAAUGCGGAAAUUGUGGUUAUAUGGGUAACUUGGAGCUUUGUGGAAGUAAAGAUACAUGUUUAAAGUGUGGAUCAACAAAAAUAAAUGUAUUUAAUGGAAUUGAGGUGGGACAUACCUUUCUAUUAGGUGAUAAAUACUCAAAACCAAUGAAGGCUACUUAUUUAAACAACAAUGGGAAACCAAAUAUAUUACAAAUGGGUUGUUACGGAUUGGGGAUAUCAAGAAUUCUUGCUGCUAGCUUAGAAAAGUUAUCAACUGAUCAAGAACUUCGUUGGCCCAUUAAAUUAGUACCCUUUAAAAUUUUAAUAAUUCCACCUAAGAAUUCUGUUUUGAUGGCGUUGCCAUGGUUACAGCACGUUGCCAUAGUUAUUUUGUGGUUAUAGAGACAUUUCAAGAAUAGCAACUAACUUCAAACGUGUUUAGUAAACGGCCGCUAUUUUAUCAAUCCUAAGAUUUUCUAAAAAGAAUGGCAGAUGCCCGAAAUUAUUUAUUUAAUGGCUUAGUGUAUACUCUUUGAAAAUGAAGAAAUUCAUGAUAAAUUGAGCAGUAGGUACCUAUAAAUUAAUUAAAAUUGUAAAUAAAUGUCAUUAAAGCGCCAUCUGUUGUUAUGAAACCAUACUUUUUGCGUUUGCCAACUUAAACCAAAUUCUCUGGUGAACGUGCCUAAAAUCGAUGGUUUUUUUUUAAUCGAUAGGGAAUGACCCCAAAAAACGGCGUUAAUAAUAAAAAAAAGUGCGGAAAAGUGUGGUACUUACCGAA